AUGGCCGCGGAAUUGACGUCCACCCGGUUGAAUGCGGAGAACCAUCUGCUCUUGGACCAGCCUCUCCUGCGGUUGCCGCACGAGCUUGCUCGACGUAACUUCAAAUCUGUCCAGCGGCUCGUCGAGCGGGAGAAGGAAUACGUCCUCCCCGCACUCAAACAGACCGCUAAUGCCUCCUUGUCAAAUAAUCAGACGCCCGACCAAGCCCUUGCUGCGCUUGAUGCUAUGAUUUCCCGGAUGCAAGGCCUGAAGCGGAAAAUGGAGAACUUACAUCAAGAGGAGAAGAAGAUCCAUGAGCAAUCCCGGAAGCGUAUCCAGCACUUGGAAAGGCUCCAUCAGAUUCCUAGCUUGGCAGAUGUCAAGUACGAUAACUGGGCGAGAGUCCGCCUGGACCGGCUCAUAGUGGAUCAUAUGCUACGUUCUGGAUAUACCGAGAGUGCCCAGCAGUUAGCCCAUGAGAAAGGCAUUGAGGAUCUAGUGGAUCUCAACGUCUUUGUGCAGUGUCAACGGAUCGCCGAGAGCCUCCGUUGUGGUGAGACAAAGGAUGCUUUGCAAUGGUGCGGCGAAAAUAAGGCAGCAUUGAAGAAGAGCCAGUACAACUUAGAGUUCGAACUGCGGUUGCAGCAAUACAUUGAAAUGGUCAGAACGGGACAUAAGGAGAAGUUCGUUGAUGCAAUGAUCCACGCCAAAAGAUACUUGGCUCCAUAUAUAGAGACACAGUCAAUGGAAAUUCAUCGAGCUGCAGGGCUCCUCGCUUUUCCCCCCGACACCAAGGCUGAGCCUUACAAGUCGUUGUAUGCGUUUGAGAGAUGGACAUAUCUGUCGGACCUCUUCGUUCGCACCCAUCACGAGCUCUUGUCCUUGUCAUCUCGCCCUUUGUUGCAUAUAGCUCUUUCUGCGGGAUUGUCGGCCCUCAAGACCCCUUCGUGCCAUUCGGCUUACACCUCCUCCAGUUCAAACUCACUGUCCACAACGACAUCUGUUUGCCCGAUCUGCUCGACCGAGCUGAACGAACUUGCUCGCAACAUGCCAUACGCGCACCACACAAAGAGCUACGUUGAAAGCGACCCGAUUGUUUUGCCCAAUGGUAGGAUAUAUGGUCAACAGCGGCUGUUGGAGAUGAGUAAGAAGGUCGGAUGUGUUGAAGCAGGCAAAGUCAAGGACCCCACAACCGGUGAGGUCUUCAAUGAGAGUGAUAUGAAGAAGGUUUAUAUCAUGUAGUAAUGGGCAGGUACCAAGGCUACGUGAACAAUUGAUGUCGGUCCUAUCUCUAUUUAUCCU